AUUUCGUCUGCAGGGAGUUACUAUUUGGGAAUAUAGGAAACAAUGAAGAUGUUUCCAUAGUAGUGAGUAUUAUUGCGCCAUUUAAUUGUAGAGUUGGAUUCCGAGUGGUGAUUGUGAUACCCGCCCACACUACUCCGUAAGUGGCAGCCUAAUAGAAAUGGGCCAUUCAGCUGGUGUCUCGGAAUGGCGGGGCAAUGGGCGGGACUAAAUUAAUUACGGUCAAGUUGAUCCUCUUUACAUCUUUCUCACUCUGGUUAAAUACUGAUAAUUCCCCGUUCUCUUUCUCCUCUUUCUUUUUUGUAAAGCUCUCUGCAGGUUUUCUACCAUUCCUGCUGUGUAGCAUCCGUCAAUCCUUUUUAUUGACUAUUCCACCCGAGUCGCAGAUAGUCAGCGACGGUCAUGGCCAACCGAGACGACCACCUGGCCUACGGCCAUUAUUACAACGAAGAUGGGACUCGUGGCGGUCAAGGUGAAAGUGCGAGGGGUUUUGUUGGAGAUACUUUCAAGAAGCUGAAGGAAACUUAUAAAACCCAUCAUUCGCAGCAGGGAGCUCCCAGGCCCCAGCAGCCUCAAGGCCAGCAGCCUCAGCCCCAAGGAUCCAACCAAGGAUACUACGGUGGUCAGAACUACAAUGAGCAAAGCUCGUCGCAGAACACAUACGGCCGUCCUCCUCAGCCCCAAUAUCAAGAUCCUAACAAGCCUCAGGGCAGGCCCCAGAGCAAGCCGCCCAAAGAAGAUAAGCUCUCCGGGCUGUUUGGUAAACUCCAGGGCGCUGUUGCAGAAAUCGGAAAUGAUCUCGGUCAGCGUAUAGGAACCGCACUCGACCCAGAGGCGUACGCCGAAUAUGGACAGGUAAAGCCGCAGACACAGCACAGAUUCGGCAGUUUCUCCCCAGACCGACAAGGCAACGACGUCAAGUGGUAUGUGGACGGAUGUUCCUACUUCUACGCCGUUUCGAAGGCGUUAGAAAGCGCAAGAGAAUCAAUCUGGAUCUUAGAUUGGUGGCUGUCUCCCGAGCUCUACUUGAGACGACCUCCCACGAAGAAUGAGCAAUACCGACUGGAUCGGAUGUUGCAGUCAGCAGCGCAACGUGGGGUAAAAGUCAAUAUCAUUGUGUACAAGGAAGUCACUCAGGCAUUAACUCUCUCUUCUCAUCAUACCAAGCACUGCCUUGAAGACCUUCACCCAAAUAUUGCCGUGUUCCGCCAUCCUGAUCAUCUGCCGGACCGUCAAAGUUUGGCCGAGGACAUUUCUACGUCUCUUCACAACUUGUCCUUAGAUGCGAAAAACCUCGUCCAAAUGUCAGGAGAUGCCAUCAAAAACAUCUACGGUAUGCACGACGAUGUUGUUCUCUACUGGGCACACCAUGAAAAGCUUUGCGUCAUCGAUGGAAGGAUUGCAUUCAUGGGAGGUCUAGAUAUGUGUUUUGGCCGUUGGGAUACAAACCAGCACGCACUCGCCGAUGUCCACCCGGAGGACAUCAACGAGAGCGUGUUCCCAGGCCAAGACUAUAACAAUGCCAGGGUGCUCGAUUUCCAGGAUGUGUCCAAUUGGGAGAAGAAUCAGCUCGACCGAAAGACAGCCUCCCGCAUGGGUUGGUCUGAUAUCUCCGUGAGCUUGCACGGUCAUGUCGUGGAGGAUUUGCGGCGACACUUCAUCGAACGUUGGAACUUUAUCUACGAUACGAAGUAUGAUUCGCGCAAAGACGCGAGAUACUCCAGGCUCACAUUGUACGGUCGACCCAGCUCAUCAAACCGUCCACAGCAGCCGGGUGUUCAGCAGCAACAGGGUACAUCUCCCCGGCCCAGCACUAGCAGCCAAGGGGCAUCUAGCUACCAGCAACCUCCGGCAUCGCCACAGCCGGGUCUGUCGGCCAAGCCCCAGGCACAGGCAACAAGUAACCAAGCCUACCAGCAAUCAGCCACCUCGCCGCAGCCUGGCCUUUCAAGCUACUUUACUGCCUCCACGGCAAAUAACCAAGCUGCCUCCAGCCCCCAGCAGCCUGCCUCUGGCGCUCCACAGUCCACGGAUAAUGCCCAAAACUACACUUACACUGGGCAAUCUUUCCCACCACCUCCUCCUGGGCCGCCACCAUCUCAGAGUCCUGUUCCAUCUCAGGGUCCAACUCAGGGCCAAAGCCAAACACCAGGCCAAAGCCAGGCAUCGUACUAUGCACCUCCUUCGACCCAAGGAUCGUCGCAUCCUCAAGCUCCGUCUCAAGGACAAAGCCAAGCACAGUACUACCAACAGCCGCCCUCUCAGACACCCACUCAGGGACAAAGCCAAACGCCAUACUAUGCUCCCCCUCCGACCCAGGAGCAAGCGGGACACGACCAACCACCACAAUACGCAGGCCACACUCCUCUCCCAACCCAGGAGAAACCACACUCUCAAAAUGCAACUCAAGGACAAGGUCAAGCGGGGCAAGGCCAACCACCACAAUACACAGCUUACGGUCCUCCACCAACCCAGGAUCCGGCGCACUCUCAAGCUCCGGCUCAAGGACAAGGCCAACCACCACAGUAUGCAGCUUACGGUCCUCCCCCAACCCAGGGGUCGUCGUAUUCCCAGACGCCAACUCAGGGGCAAGCCCAGGGACAAAGCCAAGCACCAUACUUCCCUCCUCCCCCGACCCAGGAUCCGGCGCAUUCUCAAGCUCCAGCUCAAGGGCAAGGCCAACCACCACAGUAUGCAGCCUACACUCCUCCCGCGGGCCAAGAGCCGUCGCACUCUCAGACACGUGGCAUUGAUGACCAUUACGAGGGCACGCGCGGACACGGUGACAGGGAAAGAGGUUCGGGCCUUAUCCCCCGUCGUUUCCGAGAUGAGUUCACUCAAUACUCAAAUGUCCUUCGUGGUCAAUUGGCUGGCCAAGUCCAUCAGUACCAGGAUCGUCUGAGCUCAUUCGGGCAUCCUUCUCAGCCUCGCGGCAACAUGUGCUGUCAGAUUGUCCGUAGCUGUUCUAAGUGGAGCAAUGGCACACCUACCGAACAUUCAAUUGCCGAUGCGUAUGCUGCGAUCAUCCGGAACAGUGAACACUUCGUGUAUAUCGAGAAUCAAUUCUUCAUUACAGCUACUGGCGAGGACUCCCAAAAGCCGGUAAAGAACCAGAUCGGUGCUGCGAUCGUCGAGCGUAUUUUGCGGGCAGCGCGUGCCGGGGAGAAGUGGAAGAUGAUUGUGGUGAUUCCAUCUGUUCCCUGCUUUGCUGGUGACCUGGCAGAUGACUCUACUCUCGGCACCCGGGCUAUUAUGGAGUUUCAGUACAACUGCAUCAACCGUGGCGGAAACAGUAUCAUGGAGCUGGUUCAUCAGGCGGGAUACAACCCUAUGGAUUAUAUCCGGUUCUACAAUCUCCGUAACUACGACCGUAUCAAUGUUAGCGGUCCGCUCGUCCAAGCCGAGCAGAGAAGUGGUGUCGACUAUGAAGAUGCUCGCAAGCAGCACGACGUCAAUGUUGUUGGGCAGGGUGGAUAUGGUCCAGGAGCUCCCGCUCCCCGGAGCGCAUUCGAUACCACGGCUCCUUUCCAGCAGUAUCAGCAGGGUGCUCGCGAGGCUCCUGGUGCCAAGACUGCCUCUGGCCGAUGGGACAGUGUCAGUUCGUGCUAUAUGCUCAAUGGAGAGGAUAUCCGCAACGUCCCUUGGGAUGGCCCUCCUGAGGCCGAGAUUGACGCUUUUGUAACUGAGGAACUCUACGUUCACUCAAAGGUCAUGAUUGCCGACGACCGCGUGGUUGUUUGCGGUUCUGCCAACUUGAACGACCGGUCUCAGCUUGGUGAUCACGAUUCUGAGAUUGCUAUUAUCAUUGAGGACUAUACUCCUCUUCAGUCCACCAUGAACGGCAAGCCCUGGACAGCUAGCCGCUUUGCAGCUUCCCUGCGUCGCCAGCUGUUCCGCAAGCACCUCGGCCUUCUGCCGCCACAGGAUUACCAGCGCCCCGAUGCCAACUUCGAGCCGGUUGGUGUGCCCAAUGACUUUGACUUUGACGCUCCUGAGAGCCGGCUUGUGGCAGAUCCGUUGGCGGAUACUCUUCAUAACCUGUGGAACAGCCGGGCGAACACGAACACUGAGGUCUUCCGCAAGGUGUUCCACUCUGUUCCGGAUGACUGCGUACGCAACUGGUCCACGUAUAAGGAGUUCUAUGGCUACUUUUUCAACAAGGCGGACAAGCAAGCGUAUGGCGAAGAGAAGGAUGCGCCACCCGCCCGGUACCGGUAUGGACACGUUGUGCGGGAUGACUUCCCAGGCGGUCCUGAGGGGGUUCGACAAGUCAAGGAACUGCUCAGUAAGGUCAAGGGCACGCUCGUAGAGAUGCCGUUGAUGUUCUUGAUUGAAGAGGACGUUGCGAAGUCGGGAUUGGCAUUGAACGAUAUCACGGAGCCGCUUUACACAUGAUCUAGCUAAUGUCGCUUUUUGGUAUUUUGCGUGGAUUCUUUCCAUUGAGAUUCUAACUAAAUGAAUUUGGCUAUUUGCUUUUUUGGGAUGUUAAUCUAUGCUUUCAAUCAUUGAACCAUUUAGUUUUAUGCGUAC